AUGCAGCGCAGUCUGAUUGAAGAUGACUAUCUUCUUCGUACUUUCUUCCGAGACCAAGCAUUUUGCCUUUUCGUUUGCUUUCUUUUCCUUUUUUGUUUACUCGUUUUCUUUUCUCUCUCGUUUUCUUUCUUUCCCGUUUAUUUGCUUUUUCUUUCUCGUUUGAUUUCUUCCCCUGACUUUCUUGGUCGCAUUCUUUUUCUGAAUUUUCUCUUAAUUUUCUUUCUUUCUUUCUUUCUUUCUUUCUUUCUUUCUUUCUUUCUUUCUUUCUUUUCAUUUCUUUUUCUUGCCUUUCUUUCUUUCUUUCUUUUUCUUGCUUGCUUACUUUUCUUUCUUUCUUUCUUCUUUUUUUUAUUUUUUUUAAGCAUUACGCCCCGAGCAAGACGUGAAUUGCACUUUCCCACUUCUUUUCCUCUCUUUCACUUCUCGCCCUCUUUUUAUUUUUUGCAUUCCUUUUUUCUUUUCUUUUCUCGCACCUUUACUCUUUCUUUCUCACUUCUUUUUCUCUCUUUCGGGCUUAAUUUUUUUUCUUGCUCAUUUGCUUUCUUCCCUUGCCUUUCUUGCUCACCUUUCUUUCUUUCUUUCUUUCUUUCUUUCUCUCUCUCUCUCUCUCUCUCUCUCUCUCUCUCGCUCUCUCUCUCUCUCUCUGGAUUUCUUGCUUCUUGA